UUUCAGAUUUCACAAAUAUUUUAUGACCAAAUUCCUGAAUUUUAAAUUUUAUUUGAAUUUAUUGAUUAAAAAAAUCCAUAAAAUGUCAAAGAAGAAAAAUGGUCGUUUUGAUGGAACGUCAGAGGAAGAAAUAAUGAAGAAAUCAAAGACACUGUCAGAUUACCUGCAACCAGACUUAGAUGUCGUCUUCGUGGGCAUAAAUCCAAGUUUAACAGCCGCGUACAAAGGUCGUUAUUACGCUGGUCCUGGUAAUCAUUUUUAUAAACUUCUGCAUGCGUCUGAAUUGGUUCCUAAGUUUGUUAGCUUUGAAGAGGACAAUAAACUGCUGGAGUACAACAUUGGGCUGACGAACAUUGUUGACCGCGCUACGCGAUCUUCCGCUGAUUUAAAUGCCAAGGAAAUAAAGCUUGGGUGCGAUAUUGUUAAUGAAAAAUUGAAAAAGUUCAAGCCCAAGCUCGCUGUUUUUAAUGGAAAGUGCAUCUACCAGAUUUUUGCUCAGCAGUUUGGGAAAACUAAGUUCAACUUUGGUCUCCAGAAUGAAAAAAUUGGAGACACUGCUCUUUGGGUCGUACCUUCUAGUAGUGCCCGGUGUUCUAAUUAUCCGAGGAUGGAAGAUAAACUCUUCUUUUAUCAAGCUAUUAAGAAACAUGUUUUGUUCUUACGAGGGAAAAUUGAUGAUCUUAAUUUGAACGAGUUUUAUAACAUGGAUUUGAGUAGACCAGUCGUGAAAAAAGCUAAAUCGAAUUCUGAUUUUAGUAAAAAUAGUACGGAGACUAGUAAUGAGUAUCCUCAGUAUUUUGUAGCUGAAAUUCUUGAUGGUACGCAAAAUAAAAAUCAAAAUAAAUUUUCGGUGAAAAGUGAGGCCAAGUCUUCUUAUUUUGAGUCUUCUUGUGUUGAAAAAAAAGAUUUUGAGGAAGAAAUAACAAAUACUGGUGAUUUGAAAGAAGAAAUAAAAGAAGAAAUCAAGGAAGAGGAUUCUGAUUUAGAAUCUAAGAGUCAGAAGAAAAGUUUAAAGAGAAAUCGAGAUGAAAGUGACUGAAAAUUAUUUUUAAAAAAUCAACAGUUGAAAUUAAAAAAAAAAAAAUUUUUUUUUAAGUUAAAGAAUCCCUA